UUGCAUGGUAUGCUGAAACAUAAUGUGGGUGUAACAUUUUCUAUAUUGGCAACAUUGCUUUUGCAGUUUCUAUUUCUUUGAAACUGUAAUGCAAUAAAAUGAGGCGGUGGAGACUUCAAAGCCUGCUGUUCACCCUGUGCAUUGCUCUCAGCUGUGUGAGGAGUGCAGCAGGGUUAAUCCGUGUGUCUGGGUAUGAAGGGAGAGAAGUUCAAGUUUCUUGUCCCUAUGGAGAGGGUUAUGAGUCUUAUGAGAAGUACCUGUGCAAGAAUGACUGUGGGAGUGAUGAUGUUCUUAUUACGACGACAGAAGCAAAGAAGAACAGAUACUCCAUCCAUGAUGACGAACAGAAUCGGGUCUUUACUGUGACCAUCUCUGAUUUGAGGCGUACGGAUGCUGGGAAAUACUGGUGUGGGGUGACCAGAACUGGAAAGGAUAUCUACACUGAAGUCAUGCUGGAAGUAGGAAGAGACAGCUGCUGUGAUCAUUCCACCAAAGUCCAACGUUAUGAGGAGAGUUCAGUGUCCUUCAGUUGUCCGUAUGAGUCUGAGUACCAGAACAGCCUCAAGUACAUCUGCAGAGGAAACCAGCCCUCCACAUGUCUGCAGCACGCACUAAUCUCCUCUGACAACAAACAAAAGGGACAGUUCACACUUACAGAUGACAUGGAAUCCAGGAAAUUCACAGUGACCAUUACCAGCUUGACCCAAAACAAUUCUGGGUCGUACCUUUGUGGUGUCCAUGGAAACGCUGGCCUGGAUGUUUUCUCUGCUUUUGAGCUAGAAGUCAAAGACUUUCAGCAGACCAGCACUGUGAUGUCUACUAUCAAUGUGGUUCCUACCUUCACUGUGGUGGAACCUGUCAGAUCACAAGCAACACCUAUCCCUGGAAAAGAGAUCAAAGGAGAUGGAGGCAACAUGAACAGAAACAAAACCAAGACAGCAGAAACAGAGGAAGUGAUAAGUGUAUCGGAUAUUUAUCAAAAUCAAGAUGUAGUGUACUCAAAGCAGCGGACCUCCAAACCACAGAGCGCCUGUCAACACCACGAUGACGCAGGUAUCCUAAGCUGUGUGAGGAGUGCAGCAGGGUUAAUCCGUGUGUCUGGGUAUGAAGGGAGAGAAGUUCAAGUUUCUUGUCCCUACGGAGAGGGUUAUGAGUCUUAUGAGAAGUACCUGUGCAAGAAUGACUGUGGGAGUGAUGAUGUUCUUAUUAAGACGACAGAAGCAAAAAAGAACAGAUACUCCAUCCAUGAUGACAAACAGAAUUGGGUCUUUACUGUGACAAUCUCUGAUUUGAGGUUUAUGGAUGCUGGGAAAUACUGGUGUGGGAUUACCAGAACUGGUUAUGAUACCUACCCUGCAGAAGUAAAACUGGAAGUAAAACAAGACAGCUGCUGUGAUCAUUCCACCAAAGUCCAACGUUAUGAGGAGAGUUCAGUGUCCUUCAGUUGUCCGUAUGAGUCUGAGUACCAGAACAGCCUCAAGUACAUCUGCAGAGGAAACCAGCCCUCCACAUGUCUGCAGCACGCACUCAUCUCCUCUGACAACAAACAAAAGGGACAGUUCACACUUACAGAUGACAUGGCAUCCAGGAAAUUCACAGUGACCAUUACCAGUUUGACCCAAAAGAAUUCUGGGUCGUACCUUUGUGGUGUCCAUGGAAACACUGGCCUGGAUGUUUUCUCUGCUUUUGAGCUAGAAGUCAAAGACUUUCAGCAGACCAGCACUGUGAUGUCUACUAUCAAUGUGGUUCCUACCUUCACUGUGGUGGAACCUGUCAGAUCACAAGCAACACCUAUCCCUGGAAAAGAGAUCAAAGAUGCAGCACUCUUUUACUCUGUGAUUUUCAUCGUGCCCGCUGUGCUGCUCAUACUGACAUUUGCCCUGGUCAUUGUUUAUAAAUACAAAGGUUACAAAGUGCGAGGAGCUGGAGGCAACAUGAACAGAAACAAAACCAAGACAGCAGAAACAGAGGAAGUGAUAAGUGUAGCACAUAUUUAUGAAAUCGAAGACGUAGCGUACUCAAAGCAGCGUACCUCCAAACCACAGAGCAGCUGUCAACACCAUGAUGACGAACAAGAUCCUGUGUACCAAAACUUCAUCACAACAGAUGAUAUCUACUGUAAUCAGAUUUAAAGCCAAUAGGAGAUGAACAGCAUGCACAUCUGUGAUCAAACCUUGCAUUUUCCGGUCAUAUCUGUACCCAAAUGAUCCUGUUUGUAUCUCAAUUAACAGUUAUCCAGCACAUAUUCACCUACCGUUAUGGUCCAGCCUUUUAAUUGUCUUACUGAAAACUACAGUGAAAUAAUUACAUGUACAGAUUUGUUUAAUAAUUACCAUCAGGUAUUUUAAGUACUUAUAUUCAUUGCCUAAGUAAUAGCUUUAACUUCAAUUUUACACUAUUGCUUUUACCUUUGCACUCAUUAUGAUUGCUCACUGGUAAUAACAUUGUUUCACACCUGCACUGCUCAUAAGAAAUUGUGGAUAAACAUUUCACCUAAAUACCCCAAAUGUGAGUUACCUUCAUGUAUGUACCUUUAGUAAAAGUGAAUAAAUAAACAAAACCAAGAAAAGCCAGUC